CUCCCACGCCCCCUCCCCCCGCCGCAGAGCUCCGGACCCAAGAUGGCCGCCGUGUCAGUUUCGGGCUUCGCCGCCGUCCGGCCUUUGCCUCUCGGUUCCCGUCUCUCGCAGGCCUCGGCCUAAUGUUACAGUUCUGAUUGUGAGUGUGCAGACCAGAAGCUGAGUGUGAAAACAAAUAAUGUUUGAGAAAGGAGGAGUAAUUCAGAACAGAAAACGUGUAUGCUAUGGUUAGCUGGUUCCCAUCAUUCGAGAAUCUGUUUUCUCAUUGUGUGAAACUUGUUCAGCAUCGGGAUAAAGGAUAACGACUCUAUGGAUAUACAGAAUUCUUCACCAUGGUAAAACUCGCCAACCCGCUGUAUACAGAGUGGAUUUUGGAGGCAAUCAAAAAGGUAAAGAAGCAAAAACAGCGUCCUUCAGAGGAGAGGAUAUGCAAUGCAGUGUCAUCUUCGCACGGUUUGGACCGCAAAACUGUUCUGGAACAGUUAGAGUUGAGUGUUAAAGAUGGAACUAUUUUAAAAGUCUCCAAUAAGGGUCUCAACUCCUACAAGGAUCCUGAUAAUCCUGGGAGAAUAGCACUUCCGAAACCUCGGAACCAUGGCAAGUUGGAUGGUAAACCAAACGUGGACUGGAACAAACUUAUCAAACGGGCAAUUGAGGGCUUGGCUGAGUCUAGUGGCUCAUCCUUGAAGAACAUCGAGCGCUUUCUGAAAGGUCAGAAAGAUGUGUCUGCAUUAUUUGGAGGUAGCGCUGCCUCCAUUUUUCACCAGCAAUUACGAUUAGCUGUCAAACGUGCUGUUGGCCAUGGUAGGCUCCUUAAAGAUGGACCUCUGUACCAACUCAACACUAAAGCAACCACUAAUGCUGAUGGGAAGGAGAGUUUUGAGUCUCUUUCCUGUCUCCCUCCAGUGUGUCUCCUUCCCCAUGAAAAGGAUAAGCCGGUUGCUGAACCAAUUCCAAUCUGCAGUUUCUGCCUUGGUACAAAAGAGCAAAAUCGGGAGAAGAAACCUGAAGAGCUCAUCUCUUGUGCUGACUGUGGCAACAGUGGUCAUCCGUCCUGUUUGAAGUUCUCUCCAGAGUUGACGGUUCGAGUGAAAGCCUUGCGAUGGCAGUGCAUUGAGUGCAAAACAUGCAGUUCCUGUCGAGAUCAGGGCAAAAAUGCUGAUAACAUGCUAUUUUGUGACUCAUGUGACCGUGGCUUUCACAUGGAGUGUUGUGACCCCCCUCUUACCAGGAUGCCAAAAGGUAUGUGGAUAUGUCAAAUAUGCCGGCCACGGAAGAAAGGAAGAAAACUUCUACACAAGAAGGCAGCACAGAUAAAACGACGCUAUGCUAACCCGAUAGGACGUCCCAAAAACAGGUUAAAGAGUCAAAAUACAACAUCAAAAGGCCCUUUCAGCAAAGUUCGAACUGGCCCUGGUCGGGGUCGGAAGCGUAAGAUCGCUCUGUCCAGCCAGUCAGCAUCAUCAGAAGGAUACCUGGAGCAGACAGAUGUCUUGGACUUCUGCAGAGAUGGCAGCACCACCUUGAAGUUUAACAAGAAAACCAAAGGGCUUAUAGAUGGCCUUACUAAAUUCUUCACUCCCUCCCCUGAUGGACGAAAAGCUCGAGGGGAAGUGGUAGACUAUUCUCAGCAGUAUAGGAUCAGGAAAAAGGGUACCAGGAAAUCUAGCACUUCAGAAUGGCCCACAGGUAAAGAUUUUUCAUCCUGCCAAUACAAUCAGGAUGGCUGGGAUGGAAAACAGGAAAAUGAGGAGCGUUUUUUUGGGAGCCAGGAUGUCUUAACUGAAAAAGACAUGGAGUUGUUUAGAGAUAUUCAGGAACAAGCACUGCAGGUGUAUGGGAGCUGGGUCUCUGCAUUUGUGUUGGGCAUUCAUUUGGAAGAGGGGUUUGUGGCUGAAAAGAAGGCCCAGGUGCAGGACUCGUUGCCGAAAGUAGGGGUGACUGGGCCUCCUGAUCCACAAGUCCGAUGUCCUUCUGUCAUUGAAUUUGGCAAGUAUGAAAUCCAGACCUGGUACUCCUCCCCAUAUCCACAGGAAUACUCGAGGCUACCCAAGUUGUACCUUUGUGAAUUCUGUCUAAAGUAUAUGAAAAGCAGAACUAUUCUCCAACAGCAUAUGAAAAAAUGUGGCUGGUUUCAUCCUCCAGCCAAUGAAAUUUACAGAAAAAACAACAUUUCAGUCUUUGAGGUUGAUGGCAAUGUCAGCACUAUCUACUGCCAGAAUUUGUGCUUGUUAGCCAAACUCUUCCUGGACCAUAAGACUCUCUAUUACGAUGUGGAGCCAUUUCUUUUCUACGUGCUGACACAGAAUGAUGUCAAGGGCUGUCACCUUGUUGGCUACUUUUCCAAGGAAAAACACUGCCAACAGAAGUACAAUGUUUCCUGUAUAAUGAUUCUUCCACAAUACCAGCGUAAGGGCUAUGGCAGGUUCCUAAUUGACUUCAGCUAUUUGCUUUCAAAGCGUGAGGGUCAAGCAGGAUCACCAGAGAAGCCUCUGUCAGACCUUGGGCGCCUCUCAUAUAUGGCUUAUUGGAAAAGUGUAAUAUUGGAGUGCCUUUAUCAUCAACGUGACAAGCAAUUAAGCAUCAAGAAAUUGAGUAAGCUGACUGGAAUCUGCCCUCAAGAUAUCACUUCCACUCUACAUCACCUGCGAAUGCUUGACUUCCGUAGUGAUCAAUUUGUGAUCAUUCGUCGGGAGAAACUUAUCCAGGAACAUAUGGCAAAGCUUAGAACUAAUGUCCGACCUAUAGAUGUGGAUGCAGAAUGUCUGCGUUGGACACCUGUUAUAGUUUCCAACUCAGUUGUCUCUGAAGAUGAAGAAGAGGAGACAGAGGAUGGGGAAAAUGAAGAGCAACAACAGCAGAAAGAAAAGGAUCCAGAGACCAGUAUGGUAAAAUCUGUGUCAUGGGAGAAGAAGGAGCAAGAGCCUUACUCACCUACAGAGAGCGAAAAAAAGCCAGACAUUGUUGCUCCAGCCAAUUCUGCACGGCCAAACAAGCACAUUUUUCCCCUGGAUAGUCUUCCAGCAAACAGUCAGCCAUCACGAAGAGGUCGAUGGAACCGCAAGGGCAAAAAACUUCGGGAGCCGUUUUGUGAGAAGGAGCCAGUAUUGCCCAUGGAGGACAAAACACCAGUUACCAGUGGGCGAUGCAGUGAAUGUGAGGAGAAAUCAGCAGCCUCACGAGGCCGGUGCAGUGACUGUGAGGAGAAGUCAGCGGCCUUGCAAGGAAGAUGUGAUGAAUGUGAGGAGAAGUCUCCAGCCCCAAGAGGCCGGUAUGCUGAAGAUGAGGAAAAAUCUGCAGUUUCCCAGGGACAGUAUGGCAAAGGUGAAAAAUCUGCAAUUCCCCGUCGGCGGUACAGCGAAGGUAUGGAAAGGUGGAGAGGGCAGUUGAAAAAGAACACGGAGCCACUGAAGUGUAGAUUCCCGGAGGACUGCGACAGAUUACCCCGCCGCUACAGUGAUAGUGAUAGGGCACUUCUGAGGUGUUUCAGUGAGAGUAGUGAAGAGGAGGAUGAUGAGCCUGUGAGUCCUCGAUCAAGCUCUCCACCUGUUCUCACCAAACCAACAUUAAAACGAAAGAAACCAAUUCUUCAUCGGAAGAGGCGAGUCCGCAAGCGUAAGCACCACAACAGCAGCGUUGUCACUGAAACAAUCUCGGAGACCACAGAAGUGCUGGAUGAACCAUUUGAGGACUCAGACUCUGAACGACCAAUGCCCCGAUUAGAGCCUACAUUUGAGAUUGAGGAGGAGGAAGAGGAGGAGGAGGAUGAAGAGGAGGAGAAUGAACUUUUGCCCAGUGGAUACUUUCGGCACUUAGCCCCACCAGACACACUCAGGCAUAGACCCUCUUCUAAGAGGAAGUCCAAAGAUGAGGAGGAGUCUGAUGACACUAAUGGUAACCCAACUUUGAAACCAUUAUCUAUGCUGAGAAAAUGUGAAGCAAAGGAUUCUUCGCUUGAGCCAGAUACUUCUACACCCAUGAAAAAGAAGAAGGGAUGGCCAAAAGGGAAAAGCCGAAAACCAGUCCACUGGAAGAAAAGACCUGGUCGAAAACCAGGUUUUAAACUGAACCGGGAAAAGGUGCCACCAUCAGUUCAGGAUGAAGGAGUUGAUGCAGUGGUAGCUAAUUCAAAACCAGGGCGUAAGCCCAAAAUUUCAGAUAAAGAAGAAGGUGUUGAGCAGAAAGAAGAGCUCCCUCUUAUUGAGGAAAGGAAAGAGGAAGAUGUGAAUAUGGAAGCAGAAGAGGUAGGAGAGGGAGAAGAGGAAGAUACAGCCAGCAGUGAAGUAAGAGCAGUUUCUCCUGUGGACAGCAACAGCAGUCCAGUGCCAGAAGUAAAAGAGCCUGAGAUAGAAGAGGAGGUAGAGGAGAAGCCACGGGUUUUAGAAGAGCAAAGGCAAUCAGAAGAAGAACAGCAAGAACUAGACGAACCUGAGCACGACCAUGAGGAAGAAGAGGAAGUUGCAGUAGUGACAAAUCAAAAUGAAGAUCAUGAUGCUGAUGACGAAGAUGAUGGUCAUCUGGAGUCUGUGAAGAAAAAAGAAUUGGAGGAACAGCCUGUUAGAGAAGGGGUGAAGGAGGAGCCUCAGGUGCAAGAAUGUUUUUUAGAAACAAGCAUACCGAGCAGUAGAGAAGAUGCAAAAGAAAAAGAUGAAGCAGAGGCAGAUUCUGAGGAAGAGCAGGCUUCUAAUGAGACCUCGGUGGGCUCAGAGCACGUCCCUGGGUCUGAAGAUGAUCACGAAGAAGAGCAAAGUAAUAAAGAAGGGUUAAUUGAAUUAAAGGAAGAGGAAGAGAUUCCUCAUAGUGAACUAGAUCUUGAAACUGUCCAAGCAGUCCAGUCCUUGACACAGGAGGAAAGCAAUGAGCAUGAUGUAGCUUACCAGGACUGUGAAGAAACUCUUGCAGCUUGCCAGACUUUGCAGAGUUACACCCAGACUGAGGAGGAUCCUCAGAUAUCAAUGGUUGAAGAUUGCCAGGCCUCAGAACACAACAGUCCAAUAUCUUCUGUUCAGUCCCACCCCAGCCAGUCUGUACGUUCUGUCAGCAGCCCAAACGUGCCUGCUCUGGAGAGCAGUUACACCCAGAUAAGUCCUGAACAAGGAUCCCUGUCCGCACCCUCUAUGCAGAACAUGGAGACCAGCCCCAUGAUGGAUGUGCCUUCAGUAUCGGACCACUCUCAGCAGGUGGUGGAUAGUGGCUUCAGUGACCUUGGCAGCAUUGAGAGCACUACAGAGAAUUACGAAAACCCCAGCAGCUAUGACUCCACUAUGGGAGGCAGCAUUUGUGGAAAUAACUCUUCCCAGAGCAGCUGUUCGUACGGAGGACUGUCCUCUUCUAGCAGCCUCACUCAGAACAGUUGUGUUGUCACUCAGCAAAUGGCAAACAUUGGCAGCAGUUGCAGCAUGAUGCAGCAAAACACCGUCCAGCCUGCAGCAAACUGCAAUAUCAAGUCACCUCAGAGCUGUGUAGUAGAAAGGCCUCCAAGUAACCAGCAACCAACGACGCAGCCACAACAGCAACCGCCUCAGUCACAGCAGCCACAGCCCCCACCUCCACCCCAGCAGCAACCUCCACUGUCUCAGUGUAGCAUGAACAACAGCUUCACCCCAGCACCUAUGAUCAUGGAAAUACCUGAAUCGGGGAGCACUGGUAACAUAAGUAUCUAUGAGAGGAUUCCAGGGGAUUUUGGUGCUGGGAGCUAUUCACAACCAUCAGCCACAUUCAGUUUAGCCAAGUUGCAGCAGCUGACAAACACCAUUAUGGACCCUCAUGCCAUGCCUUAUAGCCAUUCUCCUGCUGUGACUUCCUAUGCAACCAGCGUUUCUCUGUCCAACACAGGACUGGCUCAGCUAGCUCCCUCUCAUCCGUUAGCAGGCACACCACAAGCACAAGCCACUAUGACACCCCCACCAAACCUGGCGUCCACCACCAUGAACCUCACGUCACCUCUGCUUCAGUGUAACAUGUCUGCUACCAAUAUCGGUAUUCCACACACGCAGAGGUUGCAGGGGCAGAUGCCAGUCAAGGGGCACAUUUCCAUUCGCUCUAAAUCAGCACCACUGCCCUCUGCAACUGCACACCAGCAGCAGCUCUAUGGCCGCAGCCCACCCGCAGUUGCCAUGCAGGCUGGUCCUCGUACGUUAGCUGUUCAACGGGGUAUGAACAUGGGAGUCAACCUAAUGCCGACCACCCCUUACAAUGUUAAUUCCAUGAAUAUGAACACCCUGAAUGCCAUGAACAGCUACAGAAUGACACAGCCUAUGAUGAACAGCAGUUACCAUAGUAACCCUGCCUACAUGAACCAGACAGCACAGUAUCCUAUGCAGAUGCAGAUGGGAAUGAUGGGGAGCCAGGCCUAUACCCAGCAGCCUAUGCAGCCAAAUCCUCAUGGAAACAUGAUGUACACUGGCCCCUCCCAUCACAGCUACAUGAAUGCUGCUGGGGUGCCCAAGCAGUCUCUCAAUGGACCAUACAUGAGAAGAUGAGCAAGAUGAACUUGCAUCCUAGAAACUGAAAUAUAUAUAAAUAAAGGAACCUUUUAUACUGACGAACCAGAGAAAAUGGACCUUUUUCCAGUUAAAAUAUUGCUGUAGAUUUAGAGGGAUUUUCUUUGGUUUAUUUUAUUUUUUAGGAAGCCUGGUCUUUAUUUUUUGGAUUUUUUUUUUUGUUUUGUGUUUUUGUUUUCUUCACAAUCCUGAAACAUUUUACAGCUAAAAUCAUUUACAGAUGUUUUUUAGAGGGGAAAACAUGCACAAAAUCUUUUCAUAAUUUAAAAAGAGCCUUACUUUGCUGACAAUGUGGACAGAAUAUGUGUAACAGUGAAAUCAUCUUUCUAAAUUUUUUUUUCAAAUGUAUGUCCUUCUCCCUCCCCUGUGCCCCUCUGUAUGCAGUUUCUAGUGCUGCAGUCAUGUAAAAUGUUUGACAUCUCAAAGAAUAACAACCCUUCCCUCUAAACCCCACCUAGCAUUUCCUACUUCUAGCAGGAGGCACUUAUUGGGAGACUUGGAAGGGGACACAGAGGAUAAAUGAAGCUCUUUAUUUCUGCAAGUCAGGAAAAAUUUUUAAUCUUUCAUUUUCCCUGACUCCCUUGCCCUCAGUAAAAUUUGGAGUUACAUGUAAACAAUAAAGUAUUCGCACUGGUGUUUUUGUAGAUGAGUUAAUUGAAAUUGUAUGUUUCAUGCUGAAAAUAUAAUGUAAUUUUAAAGCGAUCCCAUUCACCACCCAGACAUGCAUGUGCGCGCAGACGUGCAUGCAUGCCCACAUGUUCUGUCACUCUGAACUACUCAAGAAGCAUCUCAAGAGAGAACUGUUUGUAUCCCUUAUGCAGUCGUGAGGAGGAUAGGGUGGUUAAUGGUCUGUUAGGACAAGACAAUGGUUGCAGGCUCUUCUGGUGAACGGCAAGUCAGCCACAACUCUGAGAUCCCAAACUCUGAUUUAGUAUGUACUUCGAAAUGCUGAGGGUCUUGGUUCUGAGCCUUUGAGUCAGGCUGAGCUCAAAAGCAGCUGUUUCCAGUGGCCUGCCUCUUAAUCUCUUUGCUUAGGUAAUCUGGGAAGAUAAAGUGUACGUUUUAAGUGACUUUGACGAGAACCCUGUGGUGUCCUUGUCAUUCUUCGAUUCCUGGUAUGGGGUAGGAAGUUGCUGAAUGUGCCGCGCUCGGGGGGGGGGGGGUCAGUGAUGUUUUCGGUGAUUCUCCCACUACGUUUGAGACCCAUUUAUAGGAAUAGCCACACUUUUGAUCUAGUGUGGGAAAAGAAGGGAAUCGGCCUGUUUUGCAAGAGUGAAACAGUCCAAACACCAUAGUAGGAUGCAGGCGGCAGGAUUUUGGUGUUUAUUACCGCAUAAUCCAAUUUACAUUCUUUUUGGCUACACUGCUGGCAUGUCACCCAAUCCAAAAAGGGACACCCUUUAGUGUAAAGUUCUUUUUUUAUUGUAUAUGAAGUAGAAAUACAGACACAUUAAUAAGACUAAUUUCUUUUGUUUUUAAACCAAAAGAGUCUAAAAGAAGGUUGGGGUUUCUUCAGAUGCACUAAAAUGGACUUUCCUCCAAUAACUGCUAACUGUAAAAGGCAGAAUUCAAAGGACUUCCACUUUUUAUUUCUGUUUAGUUUUGAGCAUGUACAAGGCUGUGUAGGACCCCAUUUCUCUGUAUAUACUAUUCCAGUUCCAAAUAACCCAUGUAGAAAGCGCACUGUGCUGCCCUCUCCUUCCUAGAUCUUCAGCUGUGUCACUGCUUCCUGAUUGCUGGGGGGGGUGUGGGUAGGGGGGGGGUAGGGGUCUGAGACAGGAGGAGAAGCUGUUGAAAUGAGGGCCGUGAAUUUAGUUUGUUUGCCGUUAUGUUUGGUUUGGUUUUGUAUGUUUUUUUUAUCAAUUGGGCAGCUCCCUUUUCCACAAGCCUUUGUGACUGUAGAACUAUUGUAGAAAAAAAAUGUUCUUUUCUAUAUAUAAAAAGAAAUUAUCCAACGCAGUAAUAUUGGUACCUACCAUUUUUUCACUUCUGUUUAAAAAAAAAAAUAUGUAUUUUUAGCAAGAUAACUUGGGUAAUCUUCUAAAAGAAAUUAAAAAAAAAAUCUCACUGUUAGUGACUUUGAUGCCUUUUAAAAAUAAGAGCUUUUUCAUUUCAUUCCAUCUUUAAAAUUUUUUAUCUUUGUUGUAGAAUAUUAAAAACUAUUUUAAGAAAGAUAAAAAUUCUCUUUAAAGAGAUCUCUAGAGUGUGUGAAUAGGAGCUCCAGAUGCCUCUAAAAGCCGCAUGUACAAAUGAAGCUGAGUCUAUUCCUGUCUGUUUAUAUUUGCUUUUCCUGUUUUGUAACCUCUUUGUACUUUGUUCAUGGUGACUUGUAAGCUAAGGGGAAGGGGUGCCUAGAUGCCUUUGUAAUUCUCCAUGUCAUACGCUCCUGGCUGGAUGGUCUCCCUUCCUCUCCUUGUAUGUAAUAUCACUUUUUUUUCCCCUUUCUAGCAAGUACUUUCAAAAGAACUCUGUACAUUUUAACAUAAAAAAUAAAUUAUGUUGAGCCAUUUUGGA